CUUUCAAAACGAGGUAGAUUCUAUGCUUUUCAAUGUUCCAUUUAAGCGUGUUUUGUAAGAAUACUGUCAGAGGGAAAUCUUCAUCAUGGUUAAAGGACUUGUUUUCAUUUUGUUGUGUUUUGCACCAAUAUGUGUAACUGUCGCGCAACAGGUUACCGUCGAUACCUAUGUCGGUUCUAUAAUUGGAGAGAGGAUUGAGGACACGUUUAAUGGAUCCUCGUACUACGUGACCCGAUUCCUCGGUAUACCUUAUGCUGAAUCAACGGAAGGAUAUGGGCGGUUUAUGAAGCCCACCAAGAAGGCUCCAUUCGACGCACCAUUUAAUGCGUCAACACCAGGGCACCGAUGUCCUCAAAGGGUCCAGAACGGCAUUGAUAUGGGAUUCAGCGAGGACUGUUUGAACCUAAAUGUCAUUGUGCCUGAUGGAGCCAUUGGCGGCACGGAACCGAAAGCUGUCAUGGUCUGGAUCCAUGGAGGUGCAUUUCAGGUUGGAUCACAGGAUCUCUACAUGACGUCGGCGCUUUCAGGGCUAUAUGACGUAAUUUAUGUCACUAUGAAUUACCGAGUCGGUGCGUUUGGUUUCUUGGCCAGUAAAGAGUACGGUAUGUACGGCAACUACGGACUUUGGGAUCAACACACAGCUAUCAAGUGGGUCAGCGACAAUAUCAAGGCCUUCGGUGGUGACACUAAUAGAGUGACAAUAUUUGGGGGGUCGGCCGGUGCGGCUUCCGUCAUUUAUCAAGCCAAUUACGAUGGGAACUGGGACCUUUUCCAGAGGGCCAUCGCCGAGAGCAGCCCAAGCUUGAGCUUUUCAAGCCAUCCCGAGGAGCAGUUUGAGGAGUUCACUAAACGUUUAGGUUGCAACGAUAUGGACAUGUAUGAGAAGAUCAGUUGUCUACAGUCAAUUCCAUUGUCAGAUAUUUUAGAAAAGAUCAGCAAUACAGAUAUGUUCAAACCAGUUCAAGACUAUGACUUUAUUCGUUACGACCCAGGUCAAAUGUUUCAUGACGACCGAAUGUCGACGUCAAUGUUUGGUGACUUGGACAUCCUGAUUGGCCAAAACACGAAUGAAGGUGGAUUGACAUUGAUAGUGUUUGCGCCAUUUAUUCUACAGACAAUAGACGAUAUAAAGGACGGAAUGUCCGAAUCCCAGUUUGCCCAAUACAUGAAUGCAUUUUUCAUGGCCCGUAAUACAAAGGCAUCUGACGCGCUCAUUGCAUCUUUGAGACACCAGUACACCGACUGGAACAAUCCAGAUGACCCAACAACACUGAGAAGUGCUGUACUGCAAAGUGCUAUGGAUGCUAGCUUUACGACAUCCAUUACAAAGAUGUUGAAAUCGCACGCAAACUCUGGUGGCACCGGAAACACAUAUAUGUACGUCUUCGACCACAGACCGUCUUAUUCCACGGCACCUGAAUGGCUGGAAGGUGCGAACCACGCAGAUGAAGUUGGCUAUGUUCUUGGCUUCCCUGGCCCUUACGAGGAAGCAGAGCUGUAUUUACCAGCACAAGAUGUACAAUUGGCUUUGGACGUCAUGAAGUAUUGGACAAAUUUCGCUAAAACAGGAGAUCCAAACGCAAUGGACGGCAGCUUGACAUUCUGGCCAGUGUUCGAGCCGGAAGACGCCACCUACAUCCAUCUGGCCGCCGGCAAGGCCGAGUACCAAACAGGGACGCACUUCCGGCGGGAACAGGUCAGCUACUGGACGGACGUGGUCCCAGCCAUCCGUGAAAUGUCGGAGAAUAAAGAAGGCGGUGAUUGGGCCCCUUGUGUAGCCGGGGGAGAGGCAAUAACGGUUACAUUGUCAUUGUUGUGUUCUGCGCUUAUCGUCUUGUUUGCGAUGUAAUUCAACACAAGCUGGGCUCCUGUGUCCACAUUAUUUGUAAUAGUGGUACAGCACAUACCUGAACCAAAUAUUUGACAAGUCGUAUAUGAAUACAGUUUUACUGAUGAAUUUAUUUGCAAAUAAUAAAAUACUCAAACGAUUUUCGAACUAUAGCGAUUGUGCAAUUACAUAUGUAGGUUUUAUAUUGAACAUCAUUAAACAAUGCAUUAGUUUUGACAUUAAACUAUAUUUCAACCAAAUCCUUAUUUUCUUUCCUAUCAAAUUUGAUUUGAUUGAAGUAAGUAUUGUCUAUAAUGAUUCCAGGUUAAAAACUGGUAAGUUUUGUUACACCAUGUUGGUUUAAUUUUCUGCACCAAGAGCAUUGUUAUCAAACACUACCAAUCGCCCUGUUGACUGAAUUGUUUAUGAUACCAAAA